AUGUUCGGUGAAUCCGGUGACGAGAACAUUCCGCUCGGCGACGGAUCCUUUCAAAAACGAGUUCUGAUCAUCACCGUCUUCACCGGUGCCGUCUACUACGCCCAGAUCCUGCUCUUCUGGAUGACGUGGCGCGAGAUGGACCACUGGUGUCGUCGACCGAGCGGUUUUGCCAACAUGAGCGUGGCCGCGUGGAAGGAGUUGGCUAUCCCGCGUUUCGCCAACGGAAGUUACAGCCACUGCACGGUGCGCGUACCGCCGCACGGCGGCAACUGGGCCCGCGUCGAGCCUUGCGUCGAGUGGGAGUUCGACAUGGACGAGCACGGCAACACCGCAGUCAGCCAGUGGAGCGUCGUCUGCGAGCGGCGACGUCUGGCCGACGUCGCCCAGGGUGCGCAUAUGGCCGCCAUGAUCGUCGCGUUCUUUGUACUUGGCCCCAUAGCCGACCACAUUGGCCGUAAAACGGUCGGAGUCCUGGCCCUCGCGGCUUCGCUGAUCACGCUUGCGGCGACCAGCGUUGCCACCGACCUCCAGACGUUCAUCGUUGUGCGUUCAGUCGCAGCAGCAGCGACGGCCGGCCUAUUCGUUUUCAAAGUGCUGCUGUACGAAAUCACCACCAUGACCCGCCGACUACUCUACACCGCCUUCGGCACGACGCUUUCGUUUGUUUUUCCGCAUUUACUUCUCACUAUCGCAAUUACAUUGAAGGUGAGUUGGACUGUGUGCCACUCUCUGUUGGCACUAUUUGCCUUGGUUCUGCUCGCCGCUUUCCACGUGCUCGACGAAUCGCCAUCUUGGCUCAUAGCCGCGCACCGCGAAGACGAAGCCAAGCGCGUUGCACUGAGAGUAGCCAACAUCAACCAGGCUCCCAUAAGCGACUGCCAGGAGUUCUUCAAGAAACGCAUGUACAGAGCACAGCACCUACCUGAUGGAACCACAGGGACAAUCCAAGCUAGCCACGUGAAGAGACAGGACCUCAGACUGACGUACGCUCUCACCGUCUUCAUCUGGACUGUCCUCGGCUUCACGCACGUUCACUUCAGUAUAAGCAGCCCUACCGCGCGUAACACCUACGUUCGCGCCCUCAUCGACGCCGGCAUCGUGCCCGUGCUCCUGGCUGUGUGGCCUCAGUCACGGUGUACCGGUUCUUCCGUCGGCCUAGCUUUCUACGUGAUAGGCACUGCGACCGGACUCGUGACGUUCCUUCGCGUUCUCAAGAGCCGCGAAGACAGUGCACUAGCCGCGGAAACGAUGCUAAUGGCGGCUACUGCUGUGGCCAUAGUCUACGUGCCCUCGGCGGACGUCUUUCUAUUAACAAGUAUUGACUCUGUAACCCCAGUGUCACUGCCCUCCAAGCAGAGUCCUGUGGAUAGCGCACAGCCUCCAUGUUCGUCCGCAGUACCUGUGGUUGCCGAGGCUGAGACCAAAGCGUCGCCUGCUGAUGUGCGCCUGGCCGCUAGGAAAAAGGCAAAAGCGAAGCAAAUGCCUGAGCAGUACGCUGUUCGUGCCUCGGGGCUGCCGAUGAACUGGUAA